AUGGCUUCUAUUUUCAACCUUCUGUCCAUCACUCUCUUCCUUGCCCUAGCUUUCCAAGUUUAUGGACAACAGCCUUGUAGUUUGAGUAACAUUGAGGUUAAACAAACCAAAACAUCAGGAUCUUUGUGGAAUGUUACUGUCACCAAUAACUGUAUUUGCACUCAAUCAAAUGUGAAGUUCAAUACCAAAGGAUUUAAGUCAAGUACACCUGUUGAUCCAGCAAUCUUUAGCCAAGAUGGUCUUCUCAUCCAAGGAGCACCAUUUUAUGGAUUUAAAUCUGCCACCUUCACCUAUACUUCUCCUUCUGAGUUUAAAUUUACACCAAUUUCUUCCCAAGUUGCAUGUUCUUAG